AUGUUUACCAACUUUAGUAAGAUCAUUCCAAAAAACAUUUUUUUUUGGACAAGUAAGAAAUGCAUAAACACAAAUGUAAGACUACGAAACCCGUAUUAUAGGAAAAAAGGAUUUUGGGAAUGGAGGAGAAGAAUUAUUCAUAGGUAUAAUGAAAAAAGAUACAUUAGAAAAGGAAUAAAGCCAAAGAUUCCGAACAAAAAUGAAGAAAAUAUAAAAAAUAGAAAGGAUGAUGUUUAUUGGACUUUUAAAGUUUAUCAAUUAAAAAUCAGUUUAAGAAAUUUAUAUAAUUUCGGUAGGCUGAUCAAAGGGUUACAUUUAGAAGAUGCUCUAGUAUUUUUAGAAUCCAUACCACAGAUAAGGGUAAACAGUAUCCUUAAUUCUUUAUUAAAUUCUAAGGACAAAAUUGUUCAUAAAUUUAAUGGAGAUGUAUCACGGUUAUAUAUUGACAAUGUACAAAUACAUUACAACACUCCAAUGAAAUACAUUAAGUAUCAUGCAUUAGGUCAUUUUGGAUUAGUCAAAAGUUAUAGAAAUACAUUUACUUACACUAUUAAACAAAUGAAUAUACAAGAAUUUUAUCAUAAAGUUUUCAUACGUGGGAACGUACCUCGAGCUUUAUCACACAAUAUGAGAUUAUAUUAUCAUCAAAAUAGAAUUAACAAAGAAAAUUUAAUUCAGUGGUACCCAUAUAUAUGUGCAAACUCGAGAUAUUACUUCAGGGAAAAGUUAAGAUAUUUUAAUAACAUCUAUCAGUUUGAUUACUACAAAUCUAGACGAGCGUGGAUCCAGAAUUACUUCAACAACCAGGAAAGAAGAACCAAAGAAUUGAAGAUGCAGAGAAAUCUGCUCAACGAUGCAAGUACGACUUAG